UAAAGUAUUUAUUUUCAGACCAUUAAUUAAUACAAUUUACUUGUAAAAGUUCUAAAUGUUGCAUUUUCUUGUACACAGGAUGCAAAGAGUCAAAUUCCUAAUUGGUUGUGGGCCGUAAUGCAAACAGAAGAUUACGACGCCUAUCUGAAAGAAAUACUAAAAUGCAGCGUUGUUAUUUACGACCUUACCGACAACCCCACGAUGGAAAGGUUUGAAGAAGUCCGAGCAGUUUGUGACGCAUUUCGAGCUAGAGUCCCAACUUUUAAGACUCGACGAGUUUUUAUUCUCAUCAGUUCGGUCCACUCUUGGUACCACACCAAGUCCCCCGAUCCAAGUGAUCCAAACGCCUACCUCUCAGAGCAAGAUUACCGAAGAAGAAGAACUAAACCGGCGUACCGUGACCUCCAACUCCUGGAGAGGUACGUCGUAGCCUCUGGAAAAAUGACGAAGGGAAUGUUCAAGGCGUACGUGGUGGGAGCAGGAGCCGUGUAUGGGGCUGGAGAAGGACCUCUUCAUCACUGGUUCAAAUCCGCGUGGCAUAACGCCAAAUAUUUACCCAUCUACGGAACAGGGAAGAACUUCUUGCCUACGGUGUACAUUAAGGAUUUGGCCAGCAUUCUUCAAAAUGUCAUGGACUUUACGCCACGACGCCAGAGAUACAUUCUGGCCAUCGAUCCAAUCUUGUGCCAACAGGAUCAAAUUGUCAAGAGCAUCAGUGAAUGUUUGGGGACUGGGCGAGUGAUGAAAUUGCCGGAAGAAGACAUUUACCUCAACAGGGAACUCUCGACAUUUCAAGCUGACCAACUUCAACUGGACCUCAAAAUUGAAACGACCUUUUGCCGAGAUAAUUUCAACGUCGACUUCACAGCGGAAAAGGGAAUGAAUAUGUUGAUUAGCAAGAUAGCUGCAGAGUACAAAAAAUCACGAAAUCUCGAACCGCUGAAAGUAUGCAUCUUGGGUCCACCGGGAGUAGGCAAGUCCACAAUCUCUCGACAGAUCUCUGACAUAUAUCGCCUGAACCACUUCACACAAGCGGACAUGAUAGCUUCCACGAUCGAAAUUCUGAGGGACAUUGCAGGAGAUCAGUCCGAACCCGACAUCGUUGGACUGGAUGUCAGUCGGGAGGAGGAUGCUCGUGAAGCGGCCAAGAAACUGCUGGCCGAGGUGGACCUCUCCCUUGGACCCAUGGACGGCACCGAUGCGGAGAGCGAAAUUGCUCGAAAAAGUGUCUCGCAACUCGGCGAUGAGAUAAUUUGCAAGUAA